UCAGGAUUUUAAAAAGAUUCCCAAGUGAUUCUAAUGUGCAGCCAAGGUUGAGAACCACUGAUAGGAGAAUUGAAUGACAGUGAACAUGAAACAAAUCAUCAAGGUGAUUUCAGGUGAUGUUAAGUGCUGAGAAGGAGAUAGAAGUUCUAGAGGUAAGGGCGAGAAGGGAAGUGCUUCAGAAAAAGAGGCCCAGGAAGUGCUCUGGGAAGAAGUAAUUUUUGUGCUGAGACUUGAAAGGAGUAAAAGCAAGCCACUGGAUUAUCUGCCAAGAGCAUUUAGGGCAGAGGGAACAGGCAGUGCAAAGGCCCUGAGGCAGAUGAUGACUGGCUGGUUCUCAGGAACAGCAAAGAGGCUGGUGUGACAAAAAGCAGAGUGAGCAAGAGGAGCUGGUGCGUGAAGGGCCUUUUUGGUCAUCAAGGCCUGUGACUUUUGUCCUAAAUGAAUCUGGGAGAAUUUUCAGCAGAGGGAGGCAAGAUGAGAUUCUGCUGUUGCCUGGAAGGAGAAAACCCCAAAGACUGGUAGAGUGGUUCAGGUGACCUGUAUGGUGACCUGGACCAAGUGGUGGUGGUUGUGAUGGAGAAGAGGCGCAAGUCUAGGGGCCAAGAUGAUCUUCAAACAAAGGAGCAGUUGGGGAAACAGGUGUGGCUAUGGCCCAGGACCAUGCUGGCCACCCUUCUCUCUCACUGCAGACCCAGGGAGGGCCAUGAAGGUACUACUCCUCACUGGGCUGGGAGCCCUAUUCUUCACCUAUUAUUGGGCUGACAACUUUGACCCAGGCGGGCUGGACUACCUCGUGCUGAACCACCUGGGUGCUGCCCCAGCCGGCACACGGGCCCACAGUGCCCAAGGGACCAGCUGGCUCAUGCAGGUGAACCUCCUGAGUUACGUGCAACUGACUUCCUUGGCGCUGCCCAGCCUGACGGACAGCAAGGGCUCCCUGGUGGUGGUGUCCUCGCUGCUCGGCCGUGUGCCCGCGUCCUUCUCCAGUCCCUACUCCGCGGCCAAGUUCGCGCUGGACAGUUUCUUUGGCGCCCUGCAGCGGGAGCUGCACGUGCAGGAUGUGAACGUGGCCAUCACCAGGUGCGUCCUGGGCCUCCAGGAUGGCGCCUCGGCUAAGGAGGGAGUCAGGGAGGCACCAUUGCCAUAGGCACGCCCACCAGCUCCGACCCCUCGCUGGGGCCGGCUGGGGUAAAUGCGCAUGCUCACGAG